CAAGAAAAAAAGAAAAUGGUCAAGGCCCAGGAAUCACUGACAUUCAGCGACGUGGCUGUGAAGUUCACCUGGGAGGAGUGGCAGCUCCUGGACCCUGCUCAGAAGGACCUAUACUGGGACAUGAUGUUGGAGAACUAUAGCAACCUGGUGUCCGUUGGGUGUCAAGUUAACAAGCCAGAUGCACUCUCCAAGUUAGAACGAGGAGAACAACCAUGGACUAUACUAGACGAAAGUCAUAGUGGAAUCUUUUCAGAAAUCCAGAAAGUUGAUGAUCAUCUGCUUGGGCACUCACAAAAUGAAAGCAGGGUGGACAGCAUGGAACAGUGCUGUGAACAUAAUGCAUUGGAAAAUACUGUUCAUUGGCACAAAACUCAUUUUCCUUUAAGAGAAAAUCAUACUAUGUUUGACUUACAUAAAAAAGCUGUGAAAUCAAAUUUAACUUUACUGGCACUCAACCAGAGCAGAAGCGAUGAAAUAAAGAACUCUGCUGAGCUAAAUGGAGAUGAGAAAACCUUUCUCCAUGAUGACCAGGAGCAAUUUUGUACUGCAGUGAAAUUCCCUGAGAGUCAAAAAUCCAGCAGCACAAAGUCCCAACUCAUUCAGCAUCAGAAAACUCCCAAAAUAGAGAAAAUGCAUGUAUGUAGUGAAUGUGGGAAAGCCUUCAUCAGGAAGUCUUUCCUAACCAAUCAUCAGAUCAUUCAUACAGGAGAGAAACCCUAUAGAUGCAGUCUAUGUGGGGAGACCUUCUUUAAAAAGUUCAAGCUCAUUGAACAUUAUCACACAACUCAUAAAGGACAAAAACCGUAUAAAUGCAUGGAUUGUGGGAAAGCCUAUCUCCAUAAAUCACUGCUAAAUAAACAUCAGAAAACUCAUAUGGCAGAAAAACCCUAUAUAUGCUGUGAAUGUGGGAAAGGCUUCAUCCGAGAGAUGCAUCUCACUAUUCAUCAGCGAACUCAUUCUGGAGAGAAACCCUAUGUAUGUCAUGAAUGUGGAAAAAGCUUCAUCCAGAAGAGAAAUCUCACUAUUCAUCAGCUAACUCAUACUGGAGAGAAACCCUAUAUAUGCCGUGAAUGUGGAAAAGGCUUCAUCCAGAAGAGAAAUCUCAUUAUUCAUCAGCGAACUCAUACUGGAGAGAAACCCUAUAUGUGCAGUGAGUGUGGAAAAGGCUUCAUUGAGAAGUCAUCUCUCAUUAUUCAUCAGCGAACCCAUACUGGAGAGAAACCCUAUAUAUGCAGUGAGUGUGGAAAAGACUUCAUCCAGAAGAGAAAUCUCAUUAUUCAUCAGCGAACUCAUACUGGAGAGAAACCCUGUGUAUGCAGUGAAUGUGGAAAAGGCUUCAACCAUAAGGGGAAUCUCAUUGUUCAUCAACGAACUCAUACUGGAGAGAAACCCUAUAUAUGCAGUGAAUGUGGAAAAGGCUUCAACCAGAAGGGAAAUCUCCUUAUUCAUCAGCGAACUCAUACUGGAGAGAAACCCUGUGUAUGUGGUGAAUGUGGUAAAGGCUUCAUCCAUAAGGGAAAUCUCAUUAUUCAUCAGCGAACUCAUACUGGAGAGAAACCAUAUAUAUGCAAUGAAUGUGGAAAAGGCUUCAGCCAUAAAGGAGAUCUCACUGUUCAUCAGCGAACUCAUACUGGAGAAAAACCCUACAUAUGCACUAAAUGUGGAAAAGGCUUCAUCCAGAGGAGAUAUCUCAUUAUUCAUCAGCGAAAUCACACUGGAGAGAGACCCUAUAUAUGCAGUGAAUGUGGAAAAGGCUUCAACCAGAAGUCAUGCCUCAUAGCACAUCAAAUAUUUCACACAGGAAAGAUGCCCUUUUCAUGUAGUGAAUGUGGAAAGUCUUAUUCCCAGAAGUCAAGUCUCAUUAGACAUCAGAAAAUUCACACAGGAGAAAAACCUUUCAAUGCAGUGAAUGUUGGAAAGCCUUUGAAACAAAGCAAGAGCUCAUUGUGCAUCAAAGAUCUCAUACAGGAGAGCCAACGUAUGGCUGCAAUGAAUAUGGAAAAGCUUUUCCCUAUGCUUCUAACUUUUAUUCACAUAAAGGAAGUCACAAAAGAGAGAAGUGUAUAGAUUCAGUCAAGGUCGAAGACCCUUCCACAGCUCAUCACAGUUCAUCACAUAUCAGUGAUCUCAUGCAGGAGAAAAGCCCAGUUAAUACAGUGACUAUGAAAAUGCCUUCUGUGGCAGCUCAGACAUCAGUA